UUCAUGAGGAAUUCAGGUCUGAUCUGCUGGGGAUAAGGAAUGUUCAAUCACUCUGCUCACUUGCAAAUGCUCAGGGCAGGCUCCGGAGCUGCACGGACACACAAGGGAAGCAGCAAAGCAGUAAAGCAGUGUAUUCUGAUUGCAGGGCGAUGGUCAAGAGGAAAAUGUCAAUCAUGCACAACACAUCAAAGAAGGUGCGUUUUAACAUUUGGGAGAAGGAGGUCCAGGACAAACUACUUCCAGAGGCUGUUGUCACAGGUGUCCGGAGUGCAAGUAGGGCAGACAAAUCUGUCAGGCAACAGAGAGCUGCAACUCGUAUCCCACCAGUAGCAGCCUCUGGAAGUCGAGAAAUGUCCACUACUCCUCGACAACUACGAGGCAUGUCUGCAGGGGGAAGCCAUACCAGUGAACUGCAUUCACCAGUCAUUACUGUAGAGGCAAGUGGUGGAGUAAAUAUUGAUCAAACAUGCUUCUCACCAUCAUCAACUGUGGGCGUUGUCCAACCAUCAAGCAAACAUUAUGCCCCCAUUAAGGAUGAGCAGCAUGGGCAGACAGCGCAGAAUCAACCGCCUCAACCGGAACAAGACAAGCCAACAGAACAGGAAACACAAAAUCGGUAUAGCCGGACAGAGGAGUUACUUCUUGAAAAUUUACUAGCAACCGAAAAUUUGACAAAAGCUGUUGAAAAUAUGAGAAAUGAUUUGCAUCGACAUAUAGACAGGGCAUUAGCCCGUGUCAACAAAGAACAGCGCCAGGCAAUGGAUCACAUGCAUGAAUCCAUUUUGGACGCUAUUUAUCUACAACAUUAACACAAUGUUCCAUCACAUGACACAUAGAUUGAAGUUUAAUAUAAUAGUUUUUUUUAUUUCUCCCUCUCACCCUCUAUGUACCUCGGAUUUGAAAAUGCACUUACAUUGUUUUUGUUGUUAAAUGUUUGUGAGUUGUUAAUAUAUAUAUAAAUAUAUAUAUAUAUAUAUAUAUAUAUAUACACACACACACAAUAUAUAAAUAAAUGUUAUUUGGAUUUGGCAGCCCUCUUUCUAAUAUUUGUAAUAAAGUGUAAAUUUUCUUAA